AUGACCGUGAGAAUUCUAUCAUCGUAUCUGGAAAUGGCAUCUUAUUUGCACUUCUGCUUCAUCAUUCUCUUGUGCGGAAAAGACUCUCCUUCGGCAACUACGAUUUCUUUUCAACUAGAGACCCUACCAGUCAUCGGAGAAGAUUUUACAAUUGAAUGCAGUUACUCACCUUCUUUCUAUCCUCGCUCUGUACAGUGGAGACAUGAGGACAUCCAGGUUGCUUCUGAAUCGUGUACUUCUACGAGUAGCUGUACAACUACAAUUCCUAAUCCAACAAAGUACAAGUUAAUGGGAAAUGACCACAGCACAUCGCUUACAAUAAUCAAUUUGACAGCUGGUGACAAUGGGAGAUACGCAUGCGAUUUUAUAAACAAAAGUGGAAUAUGGUCGGCUGAUGAGACAAUACAAGUACUAAAUCCAGUUCCACCAUCAAGGGUCUUUGUGUCUGAUACGCAAUCGGUCUGGCAAUACUCGAACAACGCUAAUAUAAGAGUAACUUCUGGAGAGCAGUACAACAUCAUCUGUGGUGCAAAUAGGGCAAGGCCUGCUGUAGUACUGGAAUGGCUAAUACCAGAGGACGUGACCGUUGUUCAUCAGGAUCAGUCUGAUGACAUUCGAGACGGGUCUUACAUCUCCCGGAAAUCUUUGACAGUUACACCCUCCAGAGAAGAUCAUGGAAAGAUUCUUAUCUGCAUUGCAUCACACCCAGAACUACAGAAAAAUAGUAGACUCUCCAUUAGUCUGAAUGUUCAUGGUAUUUCUGCCGACCAGUGUGCUGCUCUUUCUAACUGGAGGUAA